UACUUAGUAACCUGCCAUGAAAAUUAUAGAAGGCAGAAAACAAAAACGUUAAACAUUAUGUAUAUAUAUAUAUAUAUGUUUCUUUGGGAAGACCGUCUUGAAGAGGAUCGACUGGUCAUGGAGAGAAUUAUUAGGGUUCAUCGCUUUUCAACUUUUCUGAAUUUUUGGUUCUUCAUAAUGGACGGUAAUAAAAGCGUUUUUGGACUCAGGUAUACAAAAGCGUCGCAAGCAAAAGAACGUGAUUUUCACUUGUCCAUCCUUUCUAUAUUUGCCCUGAUACUUGCGGAACAUGUGGCUGGUCGUCAGAGAACUACAACUGAGAAAGAGAAGGCAGAAGAGGAGUUACGACAGGUCGUUGCAACAGAAAAAACGAUCUGCUGGUCACCAGGUAGGUCCAUUAUGCUAAUACCUUUCUUUGUCCUUAUAAGUGCUAAUAUUUGUAGAUCUGUCUUUGGAAGUAUUGGUUUUAGGCCUAUCAAAAGUCUCGGUGAGGUCACUUUUCUUGAUGAACGUAAAAACAAAAAGGUCACUGCCAAGAAUCGUCGACCUUUCGAAGGCAAGCUGAAAACGCAUACCUCUUCAAUGGAUCUUCGAAUAAAACUUAAACUGUUAGUAGAAGAAAUAUUGUCAAGUUGCUUUAAUCGUUUGAUGAAAAGCACAAAGGAGUUGGUUUACUCAGAUCUGCAUUUCUUUCUUCUGAUGCGGUUUUUGUUGGAGUACAAUCGUCUGUCGGGUCGGGCGUCUUCGGAAGUUUCCGCCUGUCUAUCCAUAGAGGCUUUUCACCAUGUCCAAGUGCAAAUCUCCAAUUAUCUGGAAAGUGCGGUAACUAUGAAAAAAGAAGCAAAGCAGUUUGGCCUACGCACACAAUACUCGUUGUCUGUUUACAAGGAGUUGAUCCUAUUUCUUCAACAUCUCAUUGAAAAUGGAUCACUCGAUGAAAAAGAUUUGGCUCAUCGAACGUCUUAUCACAUCUUGAUAGUUGAGGAAUAUCGAGAAAUGGGACUAGCGAUGAUUAGAAAAUUCUCAGUGACAUUUCUGUCAAAAACGUACCUCAGCGAGUUGAUUUUAUCAACUCAUCAUUACCUUCAACUACUUCAAAACGCCGUCAAAUUGGGACAGUUGAAUACUGUUAAGAAAAGAAGCAAAAUUAGGCGGAGGAUUGCUCGGGGUAAAAAGUCGCCACUUCCGGCUCUGGUAGACAACUUGAGCUCUGAGGAAUUGAGCAUUAAGUGGUCUUGUAUCACUAAUGAACUCAAAGACAUCAUCUUGGGGAAUUUGGAGUGUUCACCAGAUCAGACUCCCGUCAAUUCGCUGCUUGACGUACGAGAAGAACAACAUCAGUAUGUGACUUGUAGAAGGCGAAAUCCGCCGAAACGUCAGCUUAAUCGUGAACAAAGAAUAAUAACACCUCGCGUUUGCUCAGCAGAAAUACGAAGAAAAAAAUCCGUUCUAAUCGUAAUUUGUUCGCUUUUCAGAAAGUUUGCAAUGCUGAAAGUGCAAAGAGCGCUACGUGAGAGUCGCACUAAGGAUGCAAUGGGAUUGUACCGAUCUUCUAGGGAGUUGUGGCCAGCUGAUGGUAUAUUUGGGGAUCCUGAUAGUAGCGUCGAAGAGCAACUCGACGAAAUUCACCCUGCCAGGGGGACGAAUCAACCUGUUGUACAACGCAGCCCGACACUGAAGAAAACCUCGCAGCCACGAAGAGGCGGUAAACCUUUGGGAGGAGGCUUAAUUUUUAUAACAUAUUAUUUCAGGUAUGUUUUCCUCCUAAAUGAUUUCGCUACUAAUUCCGUGGAAUUAAAUAAAGCAUUGGUGAAGCUUCUCCAUCGUAUUGCUUUCAAUUUAGACAUGCCUAGUAGAUUAUUCCAGUUGUCAUUAUUCCGUAUCUUCGCGCAAGUGAGAACGUACUUCAAAGGGAUUCCGAAGGACGAUAUGAGAAGGAAUCCACUUUUCGAGCUUUUUAAUUUUGGACAUCAUUUGCUGAAGAAGUCAGUAUUCUUCUCAUGCUAUGGAAUUCUAGAAGACAAACUUGCACCUGAAAUUCUUUUUUGGAAAGGACCAAAGGAGUGUUACGAAAUCCAAAAUGGUUACGGUACUUACGAAACUGGAAAACGAACUACGAUCACUCCAAAUCUUAGCCGUGCUUGUACGCGAAAACAGAUUUAUAAAAAGCUUAAAGAAUUUGCUCUGGAUCCACUUGGAGCUAGGGCCAAUAAAGAUAACGAAGGCGAAGAGUUUUCACGAAGAAGGAUACUUAAGCAAAUUAAUUAUCAAGGGAUUAUCUAUGAGAAAAAGAAAUCAGUUGAAAAAAAGCCUCGACGGCAAGUAGAACGCGAACUUAAAGCGUUUGGUGUUACCAUUACGCCACGGAGUAAGUCAGAGCCUACCAAGUUAGUCAAACAUCCCCAUGAAUAUUUUCUGUUAAAUGUGAAUUUGUGUGAAUACCGCCAUUAUCAAGGUAUACUUAUGACUAGACGAGAAACAGGCGAAACGAAGGACUUGCAUGGUGUGGUGGUGAGCGUGUUACUCCCCGGAAAGGAGCGCUAUUAUCCUUUCCGGGGAGUAACGCGUUCAGCACCACACCAUGCGGGUCCUUCGUUUCGCUUGUCUCUUAGCGGGAUUGAUCUAAGGUGCCCAAAUCGGCAACGAACCCAGUUAAGCUGA